UUUUAGAUCUCGAAUUCACGAAACGUCAAAUCAACGUCAGCUGUCAAAUCGUGAGACUCAGUGUAGCCUACGACAAUAAUAAAUAUUCAUCAAGUAAAACAAUGGCAUUCUUUUCUUGCGGAAGAUUGGCCAGUAAACCUGUGCUUUCAAGUUUAAGUAGGUUUCCUACGAUCUUGGGCACUGCUCAGUAUGCUCAGGCGGCCGGAGUCCCUAAAAUAACAUACAAACCAUAUGCUCCGCCGAAUGAGGAGCAUCACGACAUAAGAAAUGAAAGGCUCAAGCGUCCAAUGUCCCCACAUUUGACGAUAUAUGCCCCACAGUUAACCAGUAUGUUGUCUAUCACACAUAGAGCUGCAGGUAUGAUUCUUUCUGGCUAUGCCGGCGUCCUAGGCAUUGGGGCUUUGGUCCUACCCAACGACAUUUCCUACUACAUUACUAUUAUUGAGGGUCUGAACUUGUCUCCCGCCACUCUGUUCCUGGCAAAAGCAAUGAUUGCAGCACCGUUUGCCUAUCACUUUGCAAAUGGCUGCCGACAUUUAUACUGGGAUACAGCAAAGGGACUGACCAUAAAGGAGGUUUACACAACAGGCUAUGCCAUGCUCGCUGCUUCACUUGUGAUAACAGUAUUCCUUGCUGCUUUAUAAUUAUGGAUUAAUUUCUCAUUAGCAAUCAAAAUUCCGAACUGGAUUUAAUUUAUUUGUUACCGUAUUAAGUGAUAAAAUAAAAAUGUUGUAAGCUA